UCAUUUAAAAUUUUAGAUUUUCUUCAUAGAACAUUGUUUAUGAGAUCACCCAGUGCAAAAUAUUUUAAGAUAUUUCAACAGCAGCAACUGAAUUUUUUAAGAGAAGUCCCCUCCAUGGAAUCAGCAGCCUUACUAUGUUUUCAAAAUUUUAAUGAAGAAUGCUGGAUAGACAUUGCCUCUGUGAAAUGCCUUGUAUUGAACUCUGGCUCUGCAUAAAUAGUAAUCAAUAUUAAAACCAAUAUUCAGAACGAUUAGUUUAGAAGCAGCAACUACUGAGGCCGGAAAGUUGAAAAAUAUGUUGGAAUUGAAUCCGAAAUACUGCUGCACCUAUGGAUCUUGUGAAACUACUCGCGCGCUCUAAACUUCUCCAUAGCCCGGUAAUUAAAAUAUCCUAUUCAUCAUUUUUAUUAGCAAAAUUUUAUCAUUCGAGAAGGUUUACCUUCACCAAUGAAAAUGAUCAGAGCAGCACCAGAGACAGCGUGGGGAUAUUUUGGGACCUGGACAACAAACCCCCGGACAAAGUUCCGCCUUACGAUGCCGCAGUGCGGUUGAAAAACCUCGCCUCCCAAUUUGGGCUCCCAACAACAAUGGCAGCCUAUGCCAAUCGCCACACUUUCACGUUCCUGCCGGACUGGGUUCGAGCCCAGCGGAGGCAAAGAAAAGCCCUCGACAUACUGGAAUCCGACGGCAUCAUUCGAUCCCGAGACCCCUACGUCUGCGAGGUCUGCGGUCGCAAGUUCGAAACCAACAUCAAGUUCCAGAAGCAUUUUAAGCAAUUGCACGAGAGAGAACACCACAAGCGGUUGGCCCGCCUGGAGAGCCUCAAAGGGAAGAAGAAGGAUUUUUUUAAGGCUAAAAUUGGGCCUAAGGAGGAAAAGUACAGGGCCGCUGCUAAGGAGGUUUUGUUGCCCGAGCAGGGUUAUGGCCUCGCUGGGGAGCUCAAGAAGGCCGGGUUCUGCGUCAGGACUGUGCGGGACAAGCCCCAGGCGGCUGAUAUUGCUCUAGAAAAUGAUAUGAUGGAGGCAAUUGAGGAUGAGAUUCAAUGCCUGUGUCUUGUUUCGGAUGAUUCAGAUUUUGUUAGGGUUUUGAAGAAAGCGAGGGCCAGAAAUGUAAGGACUGUGGUUGUGGGGGAUUUUUAUGGGGAUUUGAAAUUAACUGCAGAUGCUAAUUUCUCUUGGAGGGAUGUGUCUGGAGGGCAUGCAUGGAGGGAUGAUAGUGGUCUGAAACGGCUAGAGCGGAAUUAUAGGCCCAAGAGUACCAAAAACUUCGAAGGAGAGGAGGAAGAUGAUUUGUUUGAGAGCUUAGGGUCAGAAAAUGAUGAUGAGGACGAUUUUAGGCUUGAAGAAUGUAAUGAUGAAGGUUUUAAUUUUAAGAUAAAACAGUGUACACAUGAGGGUUUUGUUCAUAGGGACAAGGAGUGUAAAUAUAAGCCUAAGGCUUUUGAAAUCAAAGACAAAAUUCUCUUUGCCCCUGAAGGCAGAAGAAGGUCAGACAAUCAGAGAAAGGUCAACCCUUGGUGGAAGCUGGAAUCCGAUUCAGAUGAUUGACCAUUUUCACUGCAGUUCACUUCUUGAACCCCAGUUGGACAUGCUACAGCAACUUUCAGCAAGACCGUAAGUCUUUUGAGUCUUAGCAGGUGAAGAACUAAUGGAGUCAUAAUCUCUUCUGUCAGAAAUAUUAUUGAUUUGUAGCAUUGCCUAUUAUCAAUUAUCUAAUAGUUACAAUUUAUUUUAUGUGACUGUAAACAGGCUUGCAAAUUGCAUAAAGGAGAUGUAGUACAUGGAAGUCAGGGGAAUAGGAAAAUGUUGACUCCCCUUACAGACUGUAUUCUUUGUAUCUGGAGAUCAUUUUUUGGGUCAAUAAUGUGCCCUAAUUUUUUCUAUGUUCCUAAGCAUUCACAAGGGAUUGCAUUUGAAUUCGAUUCUUUUGAUAGGGUUUUCAUCAUGUAGUUCAGCAUCAAAGCCAUUAAUUUGUUGGUCACAUGGUGCUAAAUUUGAUCAUUGCUGGGGGUAGAUCAGCUAGGCGAAUUAUCUCAAUGCAAACAAUGCACUAACUCUAGGUUCCUUUUGCACUCGAACUUUGUUAAUUCUAUGAUUUUUCUGUGUUUACAUUUUCAAAUUCAAAACUUUGUGGCUUCUAUGAUU